AUCAUGGAUUACAAUUGUGCGCAAGUUGAUGUUAAAUUUCGCGCCUGUUGCGGUAGGAUACUAUCAGCCUCAGGAAGCGUAUAAUCUGUCAAUUUUCCUGUAGUAUUAAUAUUCAAUUCUGCAUCCUCUAUGUAUUUUAAAGAUGUCCGUUUGUAUAAACGUCGUUCAAAUAUAAAGAGCGCUAAAAGAAGAGUAACCUUGAAUCAUUUUGAUGCCAUAUUCAGAUGUUAUGCUUUGAUCAUCAAAAUGGCGCGCCUACGGUUUCCAGGACGGCCUGGGCAAAGAAUUGGAAAAAAUUACGUAAAAUAUGUUUAUGAUGAUGUUAAAUUGAACGCCGAAAUUUGUCAUCCGGUGUUUCACAAGAUUGAAGUUGGCCUAAAACUCUUCCAUGAUUUGUUUGGAUACUCCGACGAGGAGGAAGAUUUUGAAGGCUUUACUUUGGAAGACAUUGCCCAGGCCGAAGCUACUGUCGCCAAUAAAUCGAAACAAAAGGAAGCAAUUCGGCGUUUUCUUGAUUCUAGUAAUGAAUUUUCUUCACCACCUACAUCUGAAAUUGAUAGGCUACUUUCCUCAUCAGAUUCAGAUACUUCAACAUAUUCUGUACGCCGUGAAAGAGGCAUGCGGAAUAUUGUGCGGAAGUCAUAUGAUAAGAUGAUCAAAGAAGGUCUUAGUAAAUCAAAUGUACAUAGUAAUAAUACUGUAUAUGUUGACAAAACUCCACAGAGUUCAAAACCAAAGCCAUUUGCUAGACAAAAUAUAUCACUUGAGGCAAGGUUUCGAUCAGAAUUGCCUGUUGAACAAUCUAAUCCUGUAAAUAUUUAUAAAUCAAAAAGUGACAACCAGAUUGAUACAAAUUUGCCUUCAGAUAAUAAAGCAUCAGGGAAGACUUCUAUCGUUAGGCAUCUUUUAGAAAAAGCAAAACAUCAAGUAAAAACUCGUCGUAGACGUAGAAGAACUAUGAGACCAACUGUGCAAAGAAAAUUUCGAAAUAGGUAUAUUUACCCAUCUAAAUGUAAAUAUUCAAAUCUGAGGAAAAAAUUGUCCACUGUAGAGGAAGAUAGGAGCCCCAAAAAUAAACUAAGAAAAAAAUCUUUUGAGCAUCCAGUUUCUAAAAAUGAUCUUGGUCCUGAAAGUAAUAGCUCAGUUAAACUAGAAAGAGAAACUUUAAAAGACAAGUCAAAACGUUCUUUCCCUAGGCGAAAAAGGUUUAUUCUACCAUCUAUGAGUGCUCGAUCUUCUCGCAAGAUUAUACCCCGUAAAAGGUAUCUUGAUGAAUAUGAGCUUCCUUUAAAAAAAACAGUUGAUGAAGAUAGUCAGUGUUCACGGUCCUCUCUGAGUGGCAGCUCAGAAACAAUAUCUGCCAUGGAUGGGGGCAGUAGUCCUGAAGAUACACAAAUGGAAGAUUCCAGAUACUCAAAAAAGCUUCAGAAAAAAGUAGGCCUCUUAGACCGACCUCUUGUCGUGGAAGGUAAACGCCAAUGGAAACCUAGUCUCAAAGUUCAAAUGAAAUUAUCAGAGAUGAAUUAUGAAUAUCCCUUUGGAUUAAAGAAAAACGAUGAUAGUUCUGGUACUGGUACUUCUUCUGGGUCUUUUAAAGAUAUAAUUAAACCAGACAUGGUUAGUAAAUAUGCUGAAAAAAUGGCACAGAAACCCAAAGACAGACCAUUUAAAAUUUUAGAAAGUUUUAAGAAAAGUAGUUCGCAUAGUGUGAAAAGUGAACCAGAAAAGGCAGAGGACAGUUCAGAUAACAUGGAUGAUGAUAAGAAACCUGAGGAUAAACUAGAAAAGGUGGCAGCUAAAAUUGAAAAAUUGCUCAAAUCUCAGUGGGAAGGUCGUUUAAAAGAAUCUUCUCUACAAUCAUCAGUCAAAAUGCCAACAAAAUUGGAAUCGGUAACUCAGUGGAAGAGUGAGCAACAACAGCGAACCUCUAGCCAGAGGAGAACCAAAAAUAUAAUUCGGAAAGCUCGGUUACAAUUAAAAAAGAAAAACUUGAACUUAAGAACUCGAAAGUCAGACAAAGAUACUUCUGUAUCCCAUGAUAGUCUGAAAAAUAAUGAAGCUACAAAAAGUGAACCAGGACUUCCUGAAAAAGAAGCUAAUACUAAACUUCCCAUAGUUGAUGCCCCUAUUGAUGUGCCUUCAAUGAAUUUAUCUAGUUCUCCUGUGGUUAAUACUGUUGAUACUGCAUUUAAAUGCAUUGUGUGUGGUUUUUCCAAAAUAUCUGCUCAUAAUGAUGGAUUUUCUUGUGGAGCAUGUAGUAGAUUCUUUGAUUCAUUUGCCAAAACACCAAAACAGUAUUUUUGUACCAAAGAUGGAAAUUGUAUUAUUGAUGGAGUUAAAGAUUCUGCAUCACGAAAAUUAGUGAACGCUAGAUGUAAAGCAUGUUGGCUGAAGUUAUGUAUGGAAAAAUUUCCUGUUUCUUCAACAUUGAGGGACCAACUAAUAAAAUAUGUGCCACGUUUAGAUGCUCCUCCACAUAAUCCUCUGCUUAUAGUUGAAAACAUAGAACCUACUGAACCUAUAGAGGAAGGCAUUGUAAGAGGACCAAGAAUAAAGCAUGUGUGUCGAAGGGCUGCAGUUGUUUUAGGCUUACCCAGGGCAACAUUUCCAGAACCUUCAGAAUCUAAAGAGUCUUUCAACUUAAGUGCUUUACCUCAAGAAGAAAAACAAAAAAUUCUUGAAACUGUUCCUGUGGAAGAGAAAGUUAUAUCUGCUGAUCCAGUGGCUUCCACAUCAGAAAUCAAACCAUUGCCAACAACUUCAAAAGCUAGUAAACAGCAGGUGAAAAAGAAGUCCCAUAAAGAUUUCAAAGUGAAAAAUCGAGUACAUUUGGACUUAUUGAAGAAGUCAUCUCUUCUGAUACACAAGGAGCAGAAAAGAAGGAAACUGCUCAUGAAAAAGUCAAUGAAGCACAUGCACAAACAUUCCUUUAAAAAAUCUUUAAAGGUUGGGAGAAAAAGUGAAAUGAAAAAGACCUUAAAAUUCUCCUACAAGAGUGCUGUCAAAACUUCUCUGAAGACAUCUCCAAAAAUAGUAUCUACAAGACCAUUAAGAACUAGGAAGUUUAGGAAAGUGCGUUGUAAACAGUGUGAAGGGUGCCUUGCUGAAGAUUGUGGAGAAUGUGCCUAUUGCUUAGAUAAGAAGAAAUUUGGUGGACCUAAUUUAAUCAAGCAGGCUUGCAAGUACCGGCGAUGCUUGCGACCCAUUAUACCGGCUUCUGAAAAGGCUUCUAAACUUUCUCAACAUGAAAAUGAUAAAGGCAAACCAUCUGGAGGUCAUUCAAGUUUUGGAGGUGAUGGUCCAUCAGGUAUUGGCCUGUCUCUUUCUUCAUCGUCUAGUUCACCUACUAGUCCUGACGGCAGCAGCUGUGGAUCCAGUUGUAGUUCGUCUUCCAGCACUUCCAGCUCGGGUAGCUCAGGAAGCAGCAGUAGUAGCUCAUCUAGCCGCAGUAGUACCAGUACUAGCUCAAGUAGCAGCAGUAGUGACAAUAUAAGUGUUCCACACACUAAUAUGCUGCCUGACAGUUGCGCAAAUGUGUCUUUCAUGCAGAAUAUUAUUUCUGAACCUGUGAUUUUGCAAGAAUCUGAAUGUACUGAUAAUAAUGUUGUUACCAAUCCUAUUUUUCAAGAACAAGGUUUUAAUGGAGAACAUUAUAUGAUAUCUCACAGCCUUCAAGAAUUAGUGUCAAAUAGUUUACCAUCUCCCCAACAGAAAUUACUUUAUAGCAAUCAACUCUUGGAGGGACCUAUGUAUAAAGAAACUGGCGAUACUAUUUUCUACGAAGACUCGUCAAGUAUUAUUGAACUUAAAAAUGCGAGCUAUGCUCCUUCUUUGUAUUAUGGAGCAACUCAUGGUGAUAAUGAUGAAACUGUAUCAUAUUCUAGUUAUACUGGUUCAAAAAAUCAAAACUCUAGACAAAGUAAUAGUGAUUCUAGAAGAUCACAUUACAGUAAAGAUCAGGAUCAGUAUGGCUCUGCUGGUUCUGGUGGUCAAGAAAGCAAUGGUGAUGAUGAUGAUGACGAUGAUGAUGAGGAUAAUAAAAGGAGAAAAAAAUAUAUUUAUGCAGAUUAUUGGGAAGACUAUGAUUUUGAAAGAAUCUCUUCACAAGGUUUUGCAUUAAUAUCAUCUCAACAAAUACCACUACCAUGUGUCUGUUAUUUGUGUGGAAGUGCUGGUGAAGAAAAGCUGAUCUUUUGUGUUCUCUGCUGUGAACCAUAUCAUACAUUUUGUCUUCCUGAGGAUGAUGUUCCUCAUGAAGAAAAUUUAGAGAAUUGGUGCUGUAAAAGAUGCCAAUGUUGUGCUGUGUGUGGAUUAAAGCAAAAUUUACUAAAAUGCAGGAAAUGCCAGUGUACAUACCAUGCAGAAUGCUUAACUCCUCAUUAUCCUACAAAACCAUCAAGGAAAAAGCGAAUUUGGAUGUGUCCAAAAUGCGUUAAAUGUAAGAGCUGUGGGACUACUUCACCAGCAUCCACUUCUGGUGUUUUAUGGAAUUUUGAUUUACUUCUUUGUCAGCCUUGUGCAAAGUUAACUGAUAAAGGGAAUUAUUGCCCAGUUUGCCAUAAAUGUUACGAGGAAAAUGAUUAUGAAUCCAAAAUGGUGCAAUGCUAUAAAUGUAACAGAUGGGUGCAUGCCACAUGUGAUAAUAUAACAGAUGAAAGCUAUGAAAUCCUUUCAUGUUUACCUGAAACAGUGGUUUAUACUUGUAUUGAUUGUACAGUCGAAACAAUACCUUUAUGGAAGAAAGCUAUUAGAGAGUAUUUAAAACAUGGCUUGAAAAGUGUACUCAAUUCUCUUUUAACAGCAAGGUGUGCCCGUCAUCUUAUUAGGCAGGAGACUGACUCGUCUUCCAGUUACUUACCAGCACCCAGCAGUGAAUCUGAUUCUCAGUUGGGAAAUGAUAAAACCGAUUCUGAAAACCAUUUAUUACAUGCUCAAACUGAUUUGCAGAGUGAUAAAAGUCUUUCUUUAAAUUCAGAAGAAAACUGUGAUAGAUUUGCUGUUGCAGAAACUGUUUCCUCCUUAGUGCAUUCUGUUCAUUUACAUUCAUUUGAUGAAAAAAACAGUGACAAUACUAAGAAUAUUAGUUCAAAGGAAAUUUGUGAUGUAGAGAAUAAUACUUUACAAUCUUCAACAAAAGAUACCUCAAACCCGAAUAAUAAAGAUGUUGAGAAGUUACCUAAUCUAGAUUUGUUAGUAGUCAAAGACAAUUUGGAUAGAGGAAAAUAUAAAACAAUAGCUUCCUUUUUUGAUGAUGUUAUAGAAAUUAUUGAAUGUGGAAAUGAUAUGGGAAUGAAGCAUCACACUAGUGCGACUAAAGCUAUUCUGAUAAAACAAACAGAGAAAAUAUUUCCAUGGUUUAAAGUUCCAUCAGCUAGAAUUUGGAAAUCUAAAUGUGACUUGCCUGAAGGUAUGCUGCCAAAUGCUGUUCUUCCACCUCACCGAGAUCAUAUUUAUGCCCAGUAUUUGGAAAGGGUUAUUGUUUUCCCUCCUUUGAAUCUGAAAUAUGCAUCUCCUUUUCCAGACACUCGUACAUGUGUAUUAUGCAACUAUUCUGGUGAUAGUCAGCCAAAAAAAUGUGGGCGUCUUUUGUACUGUGGACAAGAUGAGUGGAUUCAUGUAAAUUGUGCAAUAUGGUCGGCUGAAGUAUUUCAACAGCAGGAUGGUUCACUAAGGAAUGUUCACCCAGCUAUUUCCAGAGGAAGAUUAAUGCAUUGUGAAUUUUGCAACCAACUUGGGGCAACUGUUGGGUGCUGUGUAAGAGGUUGCCCUGCUAACUACCAUUUUUACUGUGCCCGAAAAGAUGAAGCUAUUUUGCAAGCAGAUAAGAAAGUAUUUUGUGCCCUGCAUCGAGAAAGCGUUGAUGAAAAGAUUUUAAGUGAAAAAGAUUUUCCUGUUGAAGAAAGAGUCUAUGUUAAUCAAGCUAGUAUACCCCCAAAGUGGGUUAAAAAGAGUUGGGAAGCUCCUAUGAAUAAAGAUUCUCUCCAUAUUGUUAUUGGAUCCUUGACAGUGAAUAAAUUAGGACGGUUAACAAAAUUAUCACAUAAUAAAAAUGUUUUGAUUCCUGUUGGCUAUGAAUGUACCAGAAUAUUUUGGAGCACAAAAAAUCCAAAUUUACGAGUAAAAUAUACCUGCCGUGUUAUAGAAAUAAAACCACAUCUACCAUCUCGUCAUUCAGAUGCAAUAGCUAAUACAACAACCGUUCAUUAUCCUGAACCAUCUUGUUUUGCAAACAAGAAUGCAGAAGUUCCUUUUAAAACAAAUUUUUCAUUAUGUAAACAGAAAACUUUAAAUAUGGAGAAUUCAAAUUCUAAAAGUAAUGAAGAUUGUGAUGAUCCAGAUAUCACCAGUGUUGUAAGAAAAGUUCUGCGUCGUUUGAUUAAAAAGGUUGUUAAAAAGGAAUCGAAAACUAAGUUAUUUGUUGAAUGUGAUAAAAAGAAUAAUAAUUUUCUUGAAUUAAAAAGCUGCAAAGAUCAUAAUUCUGAAGUUAGUAGAAACCCAAGUCACUUAAAUGAUUUAAAAUUGGAAAAGCAAAAAAUACUACUGCCUCGAUUUAAUGGGAACAGAAAAAAGUACCAGUGCGAUUUGCAAGAAAUUAAAAAUUGUCUUGACUGUAAUAAAGAUUCAUCUAAUAAAGAAAGGUCAGGUCAGAACUCUGUUAGCAGCUUAGAGGAAUGCUCAGAUGAUUCUGAAUGCGAUAAAAUGAAUUAUAAGGAGUCUAAUUCUGACUUGAAUGACCAAUUAGAUCGGAGAAAUGUAUGGAAGUCUAAAAAUUGUAAUGAUAAACUUCGAAGUAGCUUGAAAACUUAUGAAUUCAAAAAAUACCGAAAACGAAUUAAAAAUCUGAAUGACGAGCAUAAUAUGAAUUCUGAUAAACUUUUUCAGUUGUUGCAUGAAGAAACAUUUUCUAAAAAUGAGUAUGAAAACAUUUGUAAUCAAUAUAAAGAGAUUUCAUCGAUGUCCCCAAAAAUAAAAUCCUUAUUUAAUUCUGUUUUACCUUCUCAAUCUGUUACUGAAACUGUUCUACCUGUUUAUGGAGUGGGAGCAAAAGAUCCCUCAGGUAUUACGGAGAGUUCUGGAUAUAGUUCUAAUGAAGAUAAUCACUUACGACAAUCUACCAGACAGCCUUCCUUACCUAAUCAGCCAAAUGAUAUGAAAUCCAAUUCUGCAGAAAAAUCUGGAAAAAUGAACAUUGCAUCUUCUUGGGAAAGAGGCGUGAAGUUUAAUGGUCAAAAACAAAAAGAAUUUCAUUCUAAUUUAGAUGAAUUGGAUAAAAAAAUAUGUGAAGAAAAAUUUUCUGCAUCUAAAAAUGAAAGAAAUGUGUGUAACAAUAUCUUAUUUGAAAAAACUUAUUCAAAAGACAAAAUUCUUAAUGGUAUGUGCCAAACUACAGGACCUUUCAAAUGCUCCAAAUGCAAAAGAUUGUAUCGUACUAUUGAAAGUUUUAAAAAACAUUCAGAUUUAUGUAAUUUUGUUAUUGAUUCCUCUUCUGGAGAAGAAGAGUCUGACAGCAGCAUGUCUUCUGAAAAAUCAAGUGAAGAUAAUUGUACUGUUUCAGGAAAACCUUUAGAAAAAAACAAGGAGAAAAAUCAAGCUUUAGAUGCAAUGGAUGUUGAUGAACCAUAUCCAGAAACUUCUUGCAACAAUAAAUUUAGGAAUAAUAAAGAAACAUCAGAAAAUAUGAAAAACUGUGUUAAUGGAGACAGUUCAGUUACAUGUGCACAAAAUGCCAAUAAUCAAUCAUUUAAACAGAAGCAAAACUCCCUUCUUUCAAAUAAUUUCCAUUCAAGCAAACAUUCAACUUUGAAUUCUAGUAAUAACUUUGCUUCCGUUCUACGGGCCACAAACAGGUCUGUUAUUGAACAAAAAGUACUCUUGGCUGAUAAACAAGACCUUGUACCAAAUGCAGUUUCUAUGAAUGAAAGGAUUGUUAUUCCAACUCAGCAGUCUCUAAAUUCACCUGUUAGUAUUAAUUGCACACAGAAUGUCAUGCCAAAUGUUCCAGUGGAGAUUAAUAGUGUACCAUUAGUUGCUGAAAAUAUACCAAAUGUUUUCAACUGUGGUUACAGUAAUACUUUAUGCAACAAUCCUCCAAAUAAUAUUAUGCCAAUGCCCUGCAAUACACUUAUUAUUCCACCAAAUCCUACCCCUGUGCCCCAAUCAAGCCCAGUUUUAAGUCAGAUCGCAGUGCCCCAGGGUAACUUUAUACAGCCUUCCAUUGAUUUAAAUCCAAGCUCACAAUUAUCAUAUGUUGGUUCUAUAACUAUUACUAACAAUGAAACCAUGUCUUUAGCUGUGAAUGUGCCUGAUCAGAUAGUUCCAAUUUUUCCUCAACAAGAUCUUAAUUUUGGUGUUAUCCAGAACCCUAUACAAAUACCUCAACCAGCAGAAAUACACCUUUCGACAGUGAAUGUUCAGCACAUAUCAGUUCAGAGCUCAUUUUCUGCCAAUACAGUGAACCAACUUGUAUUUCCUCAACAAGCAGUAUCUUUUCCUCAAGGGCAGGUGAUGUUUGUUGAAGAUCCAGUUACACAUCAUUUAUCUCCAGCACAACCACCCUCAAAUUAUGUAUUUCAAGUUCCCAUUGAACAAACACAGAAUUGUGCUUUUACCACUUAUGUUCCUCAACAAGAAAUACAACCCCAGUUUCUUAACCAAUUCACUUUCCAAUCUAAUACACAGCAAAUUUCAAAUCAACAAAUGAAUAAUGUUUUCCAGCUGCAGAAUCCUGUGCCAUUUGCAGUGGGAAAUCUUCCACAGCCAACAGAAAUACAAAGAACAGUGGAUAAUCGCUCUGUAAAUAUAAUUACAAAUUCUCAUGAUCAGUUAAUUGAAAACUCAGCUGCAAAAGUACAGCUGGCAGCUAAGAAAACUUCCCAAGUGAUUCAAUCAACUGUAAGUCCAUCACCUCCUAGUUUGAGCAGUAGGUCAUCUCCUGCUUCAGAUAUAUCAAAUAAUAGCAAAAAUUGUGUGUCAGCUAUAACAGUGCCACCAAAUAGUAAUAUUGUAGAUAUUCUUAAAAAGGCAGCUGAACAGAUGUUGAAUAUUAAAGCAAAUUUGACUAAGAAGGAAAAUAGUAAAUCUGAAGUACCUGAGAAAAAAACCAGGUUUGCACACACUCGUAAAGUUGCUGCUAGGAAGGCUGAAAAACUGAAACAGAAAAAUGCUGUUUUGAAUGGCAGUAAUUCUUCAGUGACUUCUCAGGUGAAACCUAAAAGUGUUAAAUUAAAUAUUAUUAAGCCUACUUUCAGUAUUCCAUUUGUACCUAUCCCUGCACCAACUAAGGCAGUGAACACACCUUCACCAAAGAGUGAAGAAGUUAAAACAGCAGAGUCCGCCAAACCCCUUCCAUUACCAGAGAAGAAAGAAAAUACUUUGCCUGCACCACAACUAGAAGUUCCAACAACUUUAGAAAGCAAUUCUGACAUUUAUUGUUAUGAUGAUGAUGAUGAAUCUGAAGAAGAAUCUCCCUUAGUAAGAAUGCAUUUACGUCAGAUGGAACUAGAAGGAAGAGAAGAAUCUUUUCCAAAAGACAGGCCAUAUCUUAUGUAUGAAAUUGAUAGUGAAGAUGGAUUGCAUAUUCAAUCUAGGAAUCUAAGAGAUGCCUGGUUGAAAGUGUAUGAUGAAUUGCAGGAUGCCCGCAUUGCAGCUCAUAUGAAACAAAUCACCUUAGCUCCUGAAGAUGUUAAUGGACCUCAUAUGUUGGGCUUGGAUAAUCCUGCACUUGUGUACUUGUUAGAGCAAUUGCCUGGGGCUGAAUGCUGUCCAGAUUAUGAGUUUCUUUUCCACCAACCUUCUAAAGAAAUAUUUGAGAUUCCUGAAAAUGCAACUGGCUGUGCUAGAAGUGAAGGAUUUCAAGGCAGAAAAGACUCGGAUAUGUUUAACUUUUUAGCAUCAGAGCAUCGAAACAGGCCAUUAUUUUUGCCACCGGAAGAGGAGGAAGAAGGAGCUCAAAAAUCAUCAAGACGGACAAAUCUUGAUUUACCUAUUGCAAUGCGCUUCCGCUUCCUUAAAGAUGUUGCAAGAGAAACUGUUGGUGUUUACAGAUCAAGUAUUCAUGGACGAGGGCUGUUUUGUAAAAGAAAUAUUGACCCUGGUGAACUAGUCAUUGAGUAUGCUGGAGAAGUCAUACGAUCUGUUCUCACUGACAAAAGGGAACGCAUUUAUCAGAGCAAGGGUAUUGGAUGCUACAUGUUUAGAAUUGAUGAUGAUGAAGUGGUUGAUGCUACCAUGCAUGGAAAUGCUGCUAGAUUCAUCAAUCAUUCAUGUGAACCCAAUUGCUUUUCUAAGGUGAUAACUAUUGAUGGAAAAAAGCACAUAGUCAUAUUUGCUCUUAGAAGGAUAAUAAAAGGAGAGGAAUUAACUUAUGACUAUAAAUUUCCUUUUGAAGAUGAAAAGAUACCUUGUCAUUGUAAUUCUAGAAGGUGUCGUAAAUAUCUAAACUGAGAGCUUGAACCAAAUGUAGGACUGCUGUGAAGAGUCGGAGACUUUCUGUGAUACAUUUUUAUAAGGAUCAAUGACUAAGAAUUUUGUUAUUUAAUAAAUGAAAUGAAAGGUGCUGUUCCUUAAUCAUGUAGAUAAUUUUAAGCAGCUUUAUGUACUUAAAUUUAAUCAUUGUACAGAAUUAUAAAAAAGACUACUUUUUAAGAAUUUGUAAAUAAAAUCAUUUUAUAUUUGUUCAUGAAUUUUGUGAAUUGACUUUUAAUGUGUUUUUAUAAAAAUUGUAGAUAACCAAGUGUGUUUUAUUUUUCAGGUAAAUUGUAUUUUUUAUGAAAUUUAUAUGCCUGAAUUUAAAAUAUUGUAGGUGCCAUAAAUGUUUAUUAAUAAAUUUUCUUCAUAA